GGAAGUGAACGAAGCAAAAAACAAUACCCACUGGGUUUCACUAGAUAGCACAGCCACGAAGUCAAAAGAUUUAUGAAAAUAAAAAUUAAUACUCAGUUAUGAAAGUGUUUGGACCAAUAGUAGAGGACAACAGCAAAGACGAACGAAGCAGAUUUAUGUACAAAUAGCUAGCUAUCAAGACUCUCUCCCCUAGAGAAGGGAGCAGUGCCAGACAAUCAUGGGACCGCCAGUACUCUUUCCGCUUCUCCACCGCUUGUCAUACCCCUUACGAACUGUCACCCCAACAUGGGGCCGAUGCCUCCUCCGCCAGCUACCCCCACCAUCCUGCACUCAUACCCCUUGUACCCCCUCAUUCCCUGGGCUUAACUCCCAACACAUCCGUGGUAUGUGUGUGGAAUCCACCCUCAGCCACAUCAAGGAGCUGAGUCCACCAGAGCAGAGGCUGUUGAAUAAGCUGUAUGAAGGACUGAUCUCAGGUCAGCGGGCCAGUCUGGCUGAGUCCAUUACCCUGGUGGAGACCCAGCACCUCAGGAAGAAAGAGCUGGCCCAGGUCCUGCUGCAGAGAGUACUGGCCUACAGGAAGGAGCAGGAGAAACAGAACGGAGGGAAACCCCUGGCCUUCAGAGUGGGUCUGUCUGGCCCACCCGGAGCUGGGAAGUCCACCUUCAUUGAGGUGGUGGGGAAGAUGCUCACAGGACAAGGACAUAAAGUCUCUGUUCUGGCUGUCGAUCCCUCAUCAUGCACUACAGGAGGGUCUCUGAUGGGUGACAAGACUCGUAUGACUGAGCUGUCCAGAGACAUGAGUGCUUUCAUCAGACCCUCCCCCACCUCUGGAACACUGGGAGGAGUCACCCGGACCACCAAUGAGGCCAUAGUACUGUGUGAGGGGGGCGGAUACGACAUCGUUCUGGUAGAGACUGUAGGUGUAGGCCAGUCAGAGUUUGCUGUGGCUGACAUGGUGGACAUGUUUGUGUUGCUGAUCCCACCAGCAGGGGGCGAUGAACUACAGGGCAUUAAGCGAGGCAUCAUAGAAAAGGCAGACCUUGUGGUGGUCACUAAAGCAGACGGAGACCUGUUAGUUCCAGCCAGGAGAAUCCAGGCAGAGUAUACCAGCGCUCUGAAACUGCUCAGGAAGAAAUCAAAGUCCUGGAACCCUAAGGUAGUGCGUGUGUCAUCCCAGACAGGCGAGGGUGUAGCAGAGCUGUGGGGUAAGAUGGAGGCGUUCCACUCAGCCACCCUGUCCAGCGGGGACUUCCAGGACAGACGUAGGGCCCAGCACAAGGUGUGGAUGUGGAGCCUGAUCCAGGAGAAUGUCCUGAGGCACUUCCAGGAACACCCUGCCGUCAGGGGGGAGCUACCCCAGCUAGAGGACAGGGUCACCAGGGGAGCUAUAUCACCGGGCCUGGCGGCUGAUCUGUUACUGAAGGCCUUCACCUCUUCUUCAUCAUCCUCCUCCUCACAGUGACCUAGCUGAAGUGGAGAUCUAAUACCAACAGCAUUAUCCAUAUACUGUAAUAUUGAUUACUCUUCUCGCCUUGUCUCUCAGAUCACUGCUCUGUAAGGACAAUUGAUUGGUGAUGAGAGAAGGGAAGGAAUUAUAGGUCUUGGACCCCCUCCCAAUCCCACACACAACACACUGCCUUCAAAUUGAAACACUGACCUACUUACUCAUACCUACUUACUCAAGAGACUUGACAUUGUAGUUUAUUGGUUUAUACUUGAAGAGUAUCAAUGGAUGCAGUUAUAUAGAUUUUAUCAUAAUCAAUGAGUUGAAUAAAUUAUGAAAUUAAUUA